AUGGGCCAAACGCUCUCGGAGCCCGUUGUCGAAAAGACUUCAGACAAGGGUCAGGAUGAUAGACUCGUCUUUGGUGUAUCCGCCAUGCAGGGCUGGCGCAUCAGCAUGGAGGACGCGCAUACUACCGUGCUCGACCUCGCCAGCCAGGGUAUCAGCCUUGAUGCCAAGAUUCAUCCCUCCAGACUCUCCUUCUUCGGCGUAUUCGACGGUCACGGCGGUGACAAAGUAGCGUUAUUUACAGGCGAAAACAUGCAUAAAAUCAUCCUGAAGCAAGAUACUUUCAGAUCUGGCGAUUAUGCGCAGGGACUGAAGGAUGGUUUCCUUGCCACUGACCGAGCCAUUCUCAAUGACCCCAAGUACGAGGAAGAGGUUUCGGGUUGCACUGCUUGUGUCAGCUUGAUCGCUGGAAACAAGGUCUAUGUCGCCAACGCGGGUGACUCUCGAGCAGUGUUGGGCAUCAAGGGCCGCGCAAAACCAAUGUCUCAGGACCAUAAGCCACAACUUGAAAACGAAAAGAGCCGUAUAACCGCCGCCGGCGGUUUCGUCGACUUUGGUCGCGUCAACGGAAACCUAGCCCUGUCUCGCGCCAUUGGAGAUUUUGAGUUCAAAAAAAGUGCCGAGUUGCCCCCCGAGCAGCAGAUCGUCACGGCAUUCCCGGAUGUUGAGGAGCACGAGCUCACUGACGAGGAUGAGUUCUUGAUCUUGGCUUGCGACGGCAUUUGGGAUUGUCAAUCCUCGCAAGCUGUCGUCGAGUUUGUGAGAAGGGGCAUUGCGGCACAGCAGGAGCUACACAAGAUCUGUGAAAACAUGAUGGACAACUGCUUGGCCUCCAACUCGGAAACCGGAGGUGUCGGCUGCGACAACAUGACGAUGUGUAUCGUUGGAUUUCUCAACGGCAAGACCAAGGAGGAGUGGUACCAUGAAAUCGCCAGAAGAGUCGCCGAAGGGGAUGGCCCUUGCGCCCCCCCGGAGUAUGCGGAGUUCCGCGGUCCCGGAGUCCACCACAAUUACGAGGAUAGCGACAGCGGCUAUGAGAUGGAUGCGGAGAAACAAGGCAAGAGCUUCGGCGUUGGUGGGUACCGAGGUCGAAUCAUCUUUCUCGGCGAUGGCACAGAGGUUCUCACCGAUUCAGAUGAUACCGAAAUGUUCGAUAACGCCGACGAGGACAAAGACCUCGAGAGUCAAGUGUCCAAGAACAAGCUGUCCUCGACCGACAACGGAGCCGUCGAAUCGAAGCAAGACUCGGAGGCUCAGCCGGCGACUGGCAAAGGCAGCAAGGCAAACUCAGUGGCUGAAGCCGGGCAGCAGGACCAGAACCAGGGGACCAAGGCCGAACCGACCUCCGACGAUGGUAAGAAGGAAUAG